AAGAAUAAAGACUCCACAGAGAGAAGAAGAAAAAUCUACAGAGACGCCGACGCGACGGUCGCCAAAGGCCUCUCUCUCUUCGUUGAUCGUUCACACAGAGAGGGGGAGAGAUGGGAGAUGAGAAGGUGAAGAACGAGGCCAUGGAGAUCAUGGCAAUGUUUCAAGUGUUGCCUCGUUUGGUCGUCUUCGAUCUCGACUACACUGUCUGGCCUUUCUACUGUGAAUGCCGAUCCAAGCGUGAAAUGCCCUCAUUGUACCCCCAUGCCAAAGGCAUCUUAUAUGCUCUUAAGGAGAAAGGAGUUGAUGUUGCUAUUGCAUCUAGAUCGCCAACUGCAGAUAUAGCAAAGUCAUUUCUUGACAAACUGGACAUAAGAUCAAUGUUUGUAGCCCAGGAAAUAUUUUCCAGUUGGACUCACAAGACAGAACACUUUCAAAGAAUUAACAGGAGGACUGGGGUGCCCUAUAAUUCAAUGCUCUUUUUCGAUGACGAGGACCGGAACAUAGAUGCGGUUUCAAAAAUGGGUGUGACCAGCAUCUUGGUUGGAAAUGGGGUAAAUCUGGGGGCUUUCAGGCAAGGGCUCUUGGAAUUCUCUCGAAGUGUGGGUUCAUCAAACAAGAAGCGAAAAUGAAAGCUACCCACCUAUAUAUUCAAUUUGCAUUACAGUUAAGUCAUUCAAAUGAUGAUCUAAAAUGGUGUGGAUUCUUUUGCUAUUACCCAUUAUUGUAUGAAUAACUGGAUGAUAUGAAGUUUCUACUUGUAUUUGUCUUUAUGGUGAUGUUUGUUUAGAGUAUACAAAUUAUCAAAGAUACGUUCAUCGA